GAUGAACACCAUAAGCAUUACUUGUUUCAAGCCUUGGGUUCCUUCUAAGGUGCUUUGUCCCAAAACCAGCUUCAGAAAAUUCCCACAAAUAGUCCGUGCCAGUCUUCAAGAUUCUAAGCCACCCAAUACAAGCCAGCAACAACAACUCAACCUCUCCGUUCUUCGCUUCACAUUGGGGAUACCUGGGUUGGAUGAAUCCUACUUGCCCAGAUGGAUUGGUUAUGGCUUUGGUUCACUUAUUUUCGUAAAUCACUUUCUUGGUUCUGAUUCUACCACCGUUACACCAGCCCAGCUUAGUACAGAGGUUUUGGGUCUGUCUUUGGCUUCCUUCUCUAUUGUGCUGCCUUACCUUGGUAAAUUUCUCAAGGGUGCUCAACCAGUGGAUGAGGCCACUCUACCGGAUGGCGCAGAGCAAAUAUUUGUCAUGUCAAUGGAUAUAGAGGAUGGUUUGAAGGAGGACCUGGCUUGGUUGUCAUACAUUUUGCUGCGUAAUACAAAUGCCAUAGCUGCGCUAAUUUAUAUUCAAGGUGAUAUAUGCGCAAGGGGCUACUGGAACAUACCUGAUGAUUCAUCAAAAGAAAAUCUUCUUGGUUGGUUUGGGGAAAAAAUUGAAAAUGCUGGCCUGUAUGAUUUGAAAGAUACCCUAUAUUUUCCUCAAGAUGCAGAUUCUGAAUUUCAGAAUCUGGUACCUAAAGGGACUCGCUCUCUUCUGGUGCAACCUGUGUUACAAGUUUCUAUUGACGAUGCUACUGGCUUGCAAAAACAUGUGGGAUUUAUUCUUCUGGCCUCGACAACGAGGUAUGCAUUUAGCAUUAAAGACAGAGCCUGGAUUGCAGCUGUGGCCAACAAACUUAGAGGAAAUGCAAGGCAAAGGAUUUAACAGAUCAAAAUUUGGAAUUUCUUGGUUGAAUUAAGGGAAGACAAGAGGGCGUGCUUGGAGCUGUGAUAAAACUGUUUUUUUCAUGAUUAGAAGGUUAUGGAUUCGAAUCUGGAAAAUAGCUUUGCUCUCACCCCACCCUCACGGUUUAAUUAAGGGCAGAAAUCCGGAAAUUGAAGACUCAUGCAAUAUAGGAGGAGGUUUAAAAGGUUACUUAAGUGACUGUUUUUCUACUCUGUAACAUUACCUGUGAAAGACUUGUCUUAAAUCAAAGGAUGCAUCUCUAAUUUGAAAAAUUAACAUUCUUCAUGUUGCACUUACCUUGUUAAGCUCCAUGAUGUAUGAAUU